UAAGAUAUAAUACGUCUCACCCAAAUAAUAUAUUUGGUCUCAUGGCUCACCCCUGCGUAAUCAAACCAAUUAAGUUUUAACCAAAAAACAUUAUUUUUUACGGAAAAAAAACAUCAACCGUUGCUCGCAGGUUUUUUAGAUUUAUCUUUAUUCAUUUUUAGCAUUUUAUAUUUAAAUAUCCAAGCACUUAUUAUUAUUUGAACUUUUUGAAAUGUAGCUUUAAUGUACAUAGUUAAUCAUACUUGAUUUUUAAUACAUGACCGUGAAUAGUACUUAUCAAGUUUAAAGGACAUUUUACUUUAAAAUGCCCCGAAAAGUUCUCGCAGCUCUAUUGCUCUUAGGUAUCACUCUUCUUAUUUGGAUUUAUCAAACUUCAAAUGCCGAAUUUGAUAACACUGUGUCACUACUCAAGGAAAAUCAAGUAUAUUUCUAUAAACCUAUAAUUUCACCUCCAAGUAAUAUUUGUGAAUCAUCACCAUUGGCAAUAAUUCUAGUCACUUCAUAUGUUGGUCAUGUUGAACUUAGAAGUGCUCACAGAAGAGCAAUGACCUCAGAUUACUUAAAGUCAAAGAAUACCAGUAGAAUAUUCUUAUUAGCAGGAGUGCCAUCAAAAGAGAAAUCAAUAACUCAGUCUGCAAUUAAUGAUGAAAGUGAUGCCUUCCAUGAUAUUUUACAAGGAUCUUUUUAUGAGAAUUAUAGAAAUCUCACAUACAAACACCUGAUGGGAUUACAAUGGGCUUCAUCAAAUUGUAGAACCACAUCUUUUAUUAUAAAAGUGGAUGACGAUACUGUUUUUAAUUUUGACAAGACUUACAGCUUUUUAUCACAUAUUCCUAUAAAGGAAAGAGAUGAUUUGAUAAUAGGAUAUACAUUAAAAAACACAUCACCACGACGAAAUAAACAAAACAAAUGGUAUGUUACUUGGGAUGAAUAUUCAAGACAAAUGUAUCCGCCAUAUUUGUCAGGAUGGUACUACAUAAUAAGUCCAAAGUUAGCUGCAAUGAUCUGCUCUGAAGCACCAUACCACCCUUAUUUUUGGAUAGAUGACAUUUUUGUAACUGGGAUUCUCACAGAUUAUAUUGGUAUAAAAUUAAAACAGUUGCCAGACAAUUUCUGGUUGGAAUACUAUGAAUUAUUAGACUGCUGUCUUAGAGAUAUGCUAAAUAAAGGAAUUGAAUGUGAAUAUGUUGUUGGGCCUAAUGGUGGCCGAAAUGAAUUGUUAGUGGAAUUCAAUGAUUCAUUUAAAAUAUGCAAGAAUAAUUGUACUAGUCGAGAUAUUAAUAAAAAACUAAAGGACACAUGUGUUAUGCCAGGAGAUCGGACUUUAUUUAGCAACGGACAAGCACAAGUUCAUGACACACUGUUAUAAGAUGUGAAAAAAAUAUUAUGUUUUAUUACCUUAAAUGUAAGUAGGUUAAUUUAAAUUGUAAUAAGAGAAACAAAACUGAAUAAUAAUGUGAUAACUUUAUUAAAUCUUACUUCUGUUGAACAAUUAUUAAUUCUUGAUAUUGUUGCGAAUUAUACUUAGGUGAAAUUGCUUAAUUCAAUCAAAACCAAUUGAUUGUAUAAUAUAUAAUAAUGAUUGUAAAUGUAUUUGACUAUAAAAAGCAUGAUGACUUUAACACAUUAUAAAAUAGAAUAAGUACUUACAGAUACAUAAACAUUGUGACUGUAACUUAGUGUAAUAUUAUUAUUUAAUAUUGUAAACAUAAUAUCAGUCUUAGACUUGAGCUUACAAAUGAGAUAAUUUAUUUAAAGUAAGAAUAAAUUUGUCUAAAAUAUUUAUGCUAAGUUGAAUUGAAGACAUGAUAAUUGAUUGUUAUUGGCACUACAAUAAGGACGAGAUCUAUAGACUUUACUCAUCUAAAAUAUUGCUGAGUUUACACUCAUAGCAUAAUCUUUGAUUUCGUUUUUUUUGUCAUUUCACAUUUAUAUCGAGCUUAAGCUAAAACAGCCCAAUGCAGAAGUCAAUUUCUUGUUUUAUUACACUCAGCAAAGAUUUAUGUAGUCUAAAUACACUCUAUAGAUCUCCGCCUAAGAGUGAAUUUACUAUGAGGACUGAAACCAAGAAUUAGUAAUAGAACUACCAUUUACAAUGCAGUCUUUGAAUCCUUUCAUCACAUACAUUGACUGAAACCAUUUAACA